CUCAUUAACAUAUUGUAUAAAAUGCAUCGUCUUCGCUCUUGUAAAUGUCUUUCCAUGUUCAUCAUACAAGCUCAUCAGCACAUAAAAUUUACAUUCUUUUGAAAAUUUUCCCCUUUACACACCAACAAACUCCAUCAUGGUUGCCGUCGAGUUCUUGCCAGAGGCCAUAAGGAGCCCAAACAACUGCCAAGUAGACCCCAUUCCAGGUUUCAAAUAUCCAUAUGGUUAUAGACCAAGUUUAGCCGCUGGGGUCGUUUUCUGUGUUUUAUUCGGAAUUGCUUUCUUUGGCCAUUCACUACAAACAAUUCGCCUAAGACGAUGGACAUCUGUCCUACUAGCCAUCGGCGCUCUAACUGAGCUCAUCGGUUGGGCUGGUCGAACUUGGUCUGCCGAAUGCCCAUACAAUCGAAAUGCCUUCCUAAUACAAAUAACGACCCUCAUAAUUGGGCCUGUCUUUUACACGGCUGCACUAUACGUGUUAUUGGGAAUGUUUAUCAAGGCUCUGGGGCGCGAAUACAGCAUCCUCUCAGCAAGGAUGUACACGAUUGUGUUUAUGACAUCCGACACGGUUUCACUCGUCGUUCAGGCUGUGGGCGGUGCAAUGGCUUCGACGGCCUCGAGCAAAGGCAAUGACCCCAAGCUUGGAACUAAUAUAAUGGUUGCUGGUGUCAUAUUCCAGCUUGUAGCUAUGACUAUUUUCACCAUCUUCACGCUCGACUUCCUCCGAAGGUCUGCCAAGUUUGGCAUGCCACAGGAGUACAACAAGAUCAUCGUCGCUUUGUUCAUUUCGCUGGCCGCAAUCUUCGCCCGCAGUAUUUUCCGGGCGAUUGAGCUUAUGGAGGGUUGGAAUGGGUACCUUAUGAUGCAUGAACCAUAUUUUAUCGCCCUGGAUGGGGCUUUGAUGGUUCUAGCUGUUGUCAUAUUCUUACCCUUCGAUCCAGCUCGUACGAUUCCCGAGACCUAUCAUGCGGCGCAGAAGGAUUCUGGUGAAUUAAGCGAGUUCAGCACAGGUGCUUAGGUUGCGAUUGGGACAAUCCGGAAACUGGCGCCGGGGGGGAAUCUAGAGGGAUCAUCCUAAUGGUUUAGGUGCAACUAUGUUUGAAUAGAUUGUUUGUACGAUUAGAAUUGGUAGAUAGGUACGUGCUAUAGAUUAUAAUUAGACUGUCUAAA